AUGCUUGCCUUCUGGUCGCACACGUGGGCCCUGUCGCUGCAAGCUGCUUUGGGAUCACUUGCAGUGGCCACCAGUGCGCUGAGUGGUGGGGCUACGUAUCAGGAUGCUGUCUGGUGGGGUGCUGCGCACCCUGACAUCACUGGUUGCUGGCUUGGGAACAGGAGCUUCGAGCGGUGCUGUGUGAAUUGGAACUUUCUUGAGGAGCUGCCUGGCAAGGCUUGCUGGAGUCAGGCUGACCAUGCAGCAUCUUAUCAGGCUUGCUGCGUUCCCAAAAAUGAUUGGGCUCCAAGGUCCCUCUUUUCUUGUGCGGACACGGGUAUUUACUGGGAGCGCUUGCGCCAAACCUUGUCGCUUUUUCGGUCCUUGACUGCACUGCAGCACUCCCCACUGAAUGGCGCAGCUCCACGAGAAUGCCUCAUCGGGGGUGUCCUGGUCAGCUUGUUAGAACUUGUUUAUGUGAGCUAUGAGCUUCGCAAUGCUUCCGCUCCUCGCUGGGAACAUGCAUACAACAAAGUGGAGAAUUCAAUGCGAAUCCUCUUUUCCAGCCCGGUAUCUUUAGAAGAAAUCCUGGUAUCGGGCUGGCCUUUGUUCCUCACGCUGGAUUUCUUCCGCUUCGACAACCGCUUUCAAGAACUAGCCACGCAACGGCUUCCCGGCGUCUUUGCGGGUUUCCAGACCAUGAAGUAUAGCAACACGUUAAGUGGUGCGAUCCAGGCCGAGCAGGGAAGUCGGAUUGCCCUCGAUGUGGUCGUGAAGCUUUCAAACAGCGUGGCCAAGGCUGCGGGCGAAUCUGCUUUGGUACAGCUGAUGCCAGCUUUUACCGCCCUGGUGAACUAUCACAACCUUCGAAAGUUUGACCUCCCUCGUAGUGAUGCCCAUGACGUGCCAAGACUCGGAGCGGAAGCAAAGCGGCUGAUCGAGUUUGCAGACACACAACUGAGGAGUUGGAUGGCGCAUUUUGGGUACACAUUCUCAUUGCUGAUCAAGCUGGAGAUUCCACUGGUGAACUUGUUGCAGGCUCUGUCGUGGCCGGGUGUGGUGAUGACACAGCCGGCCGAAUACUUGAAGAGCACCAUACACUUUCCAGGACUUCAGCUGGCAAAGAUUUUGCCAGCACACCAGGCCUGGCGUCUGCCACUGGUGGAGCAACAUAUUCAUCCCGGCUUCGAUGCUGCCAGCAACAUGGUACGGACGACUUUGCAACCGAUGUGCUAUGCCCCUGGGUUCCUGUUUGUGAUCCUGGCCACUGCGUCGCGCGUGAAAGCGGCCUGUGAGCACAGCCAGGCCGAAUGUCGAGCUCGGCUGAAAGUCUGGGACGUAGGUGCCAGCUAUGGGGACUGCAUGCUUUGGACGGCCAGCUACUUGUUGGAAGCCUUUGUUUCAGAGCAUUUGGAGCUGAGGGGUUUCGAGCCUCUCCCAUCAGCAGCUGCUGCAUUUCGGCGCUCCGUCCGAGCCUUGCAGCGCAGCCGAAAUCUGUCUCCCUUGGCUCUGCGCUUCAUCGUGGAGGAGAUCGCGAUGAGGGAUGAAGCUGGCGAGGUGGAAAUCUCCUUUCCAAGCCACUCCAUGGCUCUGGCAACCUUCCACCGCUGCGAGGAGCGCUACAGUGUGGCCUCAAACAACCUCUACCACUGCAUCUCGCGACCCACUCGUGCAGAGACUCUAGACAGCUACAUUGCCAGCUUUCCAGAGCCCAGCUUUCCAGACCCCGUGGAUGUCCUGAAGUUGCAUGUGCAAGGCGAUGAGCUUUCUGUGCUCCGCGGUGCCAACGCAUCCCUCGCGAACGGCCGAGUGUGCCUACUGCAUAUGAAUCUGGAGACCUUACUUCUACAGGUGAAGAUGGAAGACCCUGCGCAUUGGUUGGCCGAGGCCUUGAUCUCCAAUUUGAAAGGUGCAGAGCUCCUGGGUGUCUUGGUGAACUUGUGGGAGGUGAAGCCAGCCACCUUUGAGAGCAUCGCGGCGGCCAUCAAGUUCAAAAACCCUGAUGCCGUCGCAUGGAAGCCCCCCGAUCCCAACAAGCGCCCUGAAGAGCUUCAUUAUGAGCUGGUGGCCUGGCGACCCUCCUGGCCUUGCCAUGACAGCGUGGCAGUUCGGGCUGUAAGCCACAUGUGGCUGCCCCACGCGACUCCGCUGUGA